UGUGUGAGCUCUAGUUUCAUUUGCCGAAUGGGUUUAAACACCUAGCUCUUAAGUGUUGUGAGAUUUUUGAGGUGGUGGGUGUAGGUGCCUUGCCCAGUGCUGCUCUGGGAGCACGGUGGAGGGUGGGUUGGCACAGUUAGGGCUGGAGAAUGCCCAGGAGGCCACCAGGAUGGAUCGGUGGGGGCAGACUCUGGGUGAGGGGUCAUCAGCAGGGCUUGGUCAUGAAGCAGUAGAUAGACUGAGGAGUCUUAUAAAUUUCCCAUGGGAUAAGUCGUCGUGGAUUGGAGAGGAGGCAAGUGUGUGGAGAACUGUUGGCUGAGUUCCCAUGUUGGAAUGUUGAGUUUGAGAUGCCUGUGUGCAAUGGGAGGUGGAGGGGGCGUGGGAAUAUCGGUGUCUGGACCGAGGCUCCUGGGCUGGAGGUGUGGGGGGGGGUGUGGGCGUGGGCAGGGUGAGGUUGCCCUAAGAGGCUGCAGCUGGAGGAGAUAAGAGGAACAGCAACAUCUGCAGGCAGGCUGAGGGGAAGGAGACACAGCAGGGCAGCCGGAAGAAGAGAGAGAAUCCCAAACUGAGAGGGGAGGCCAUCAGCCAUCUCAGAUGCACCAGAGAAGCCACUUGCACCCGGUGAUCAAGGCUUUCCUGUGCGGCUCCAUCAGUGGCACCUGCUCUACCCUCCUUUUCCAGCCCCUGGAUCUCCUUAAAACGCGCCUGCAGACGCUCCAGCCCUCGGACCAUGGAUCCAGGCGCGUCGGGAUGCUCACUCUGCUGCUGCAGGUGGUCCGCACCGAGAGUCUCCUGGGCCUGUGGAAAGGGAUGUCCCCUUCUAUUGUGAGGUGUGUCCCUGGUGUUGGAAUCUACUUCGGGACUCUCUACUCUCUGAAGCAAUACUUCCUGCGAGGCCAUCCCCCCACUGCCAUGGAGUCCGUCAUGCUGGGGGUGGGCUCUCGCUCGGUCGCAGGGGUCUGCAUGUCGCCUAUCACUGUGAUCAAGACGCGUUAUGAGAGCGGGAAGUACGGCUAUGAGAGCAUCUACGCAGCCCUGCGGAGCAUCUACCGCAGCGAGGGCCACCGGGGCCUCUUCAGUGGCCUGACGGCGACACUCCUGCGUGAUGCCCCCUUUUCUGGAAUCUACCUAAUGUUUUACAACCAGACCAAAGCCAUGGUGCCCCAUGACCAGUUGGAUGCAACCCUUAUUCCUGUUGUAAAUUUCAGCUGUGGGAUAUUUGCUGGUGUUCUGGCCUCACUGGUGACUCAGCCUGCAGAUGUUAUCAAAACUCAUAUGCAGCUCUCCCCAGUGAAAUUUCGGUGGAUUGGCCAGGCAGUGACAAUCAUCUUCAAAGACUAUGGGCUGCGUGGCUUCUUCCAAGGCGGUGUCCCCCGAGCCCUCCGCAGGACUCUGAUGGCAGCCAUGGCAUGGACAGUCUAUGAAGAGAUGAUGGCCAAGAUGGGCCUGAAGUCCUGACCCGGGGGCACUGGGAAAAGAUGGGAUCUGUUGCCCUGCCUGGUUUCUGCCAAGAGCUGCUUCAUCUCUAACCUGGCCUGAGAUGAAGUCCUAUGGGGAAAGCCAGGCAGAUAUGUCACCUUGUUACCCAGUUCACGUAGCGAAUAGGUGGGCCUGACUCAAGCUUUCAGAAUCUCCCCGAAGAGGAGCCACUGAGACACACAGCACACGGGGGAGUUUGGAGAAGGGCUUGCACACCCUGCAAACCUGAAAGCAUUUCCAGGGAGAGAGCUCUGUUGGGGGUCUCCGCGUCAGCCACCCACCUAUACCACGGUGCCUCUUUGGGUCUGUUCUUUGCAAGGAAUUGCAAAGCCAGAGAAGCUGUGGGCCACCUGCCGUGACUGAGGAACUCCAGCGGGGGGGCUGGUUCUGCAGAAAGAGGAGUCCCUGUCACCAGGCCGGAGAUGAUGUUGGGAUGAGGAAAAAAAGGUGUCAUGAUGACUUAAUUAGUUCAUUAACCUGGCAGAGACUCUGCAGAAGAGGGGACAGUGGCCUCCUGGCCUCUGUGUCCAAAUAAAGGUUUUUUAUUUUGUCCCA